UAAGGUAAGUGUAGGGUCCAAAGCCUUAAUAACUCCACACGACCACUAGACUCUCUACACAUGGCUCGUCGUCGUUUUGGGGCUAUACGUGGGGUCGGUCACUUCCUCUUCCAAGUUUCUUCGAAAUGAAGUAUCCGAAACUUCCAGAUACACGCAAACCCCAGAAAAAGAGAAAAAGAAAUCGUCUUUUCCUUUCACUUUCUUCUUCUUCUUCCGACUGGGUCUUUGCUUUGUACCCAAUCGAUUGAUUUCACUCGAAGAUUGAUAAGUUUUGUUGGGUGGUGCUCGAUUCUUCGUUUGAUGAUCUAAGAAAGGCUCUGUUUUUUCCACGAUGGGCAGUAGUUGUUUGGCUUGUUUUGAUAAGUCGAAAGCAACAACAAGUGUAGAUGUAGAUGUGCCUUUGAAUGGCUCAAAAGAUGUGUUAGUAGAAGAAGAUUGGAGUGAAUUGAGGAAUCCUAGUGUAGCUUCUGAAGAUUUCUGGACUAAUACCACUUUAGAUAUGGAAAGCAAUGCUCAGGGAAGUGUUUCUUCAAUCAGUACAACGAAUCUGACUGUUGAUUCUCAAGGAUGUGGUUCCAGCUCUAAUGAACCUACUGAAUUUGUUAACCAUGGUCUUCUGCUAUGGAAUCAAACUCGGCAGCAAUGGGUGGGGGAUAAAAGAUCUGAGAGCCGCGAAAAAAUUGUUCGAGAACCGGUUAUAAAUGAGAAUGUGACUUAUGAGAGUCUACUUGGGAGCAACAAGCGGUUUCCGAGGCCAAUACCUCUUGAUGAAAUGGUGCAGUUUCUUGUUGAAGUUUGGGAAGAAGAGGGUCUGUACGGCUGAAAGAUCUCUUCUUUGCAUAUAUUCACAUUUAUGUUGGAGAAAAAAACUUUCUUUUGUUUUACUUUAACACAAUUCAGAUUCUGUCUAUAAAAUUGGCGAAUUUGUAACGAGAGAGAUAUAUUAUACCACCAACAAAUUUUUUAUUGA